AUGCAAAACGGCGAAGAAGCUCGGUUGGAGAUUGACAGCAAAGAAGGCGAGUUAAGUAGAGAAAGCAGCGAAGAGGACUGUUGCAGAAUCUGCCAUAACAGCCAACAGUACGCGAACGAUUUGGUUUCGCCUUGUAACUGUUCGGGUUCAUUGGGUAAAAUGCAUAUAUCAUGUCUGAGCCAAUGGCUGCAACUGUCGAAACGGCAAAAAUGUGAACUGUGCGGUUACAAGUACACAUUUGCAAGAGAAUCGUUGAAAUUCAUUGAUUUUCUACGUGACCCUGAGUUAAGACGAACUCACCGACAGCUUUUUUUUGUUUCAAUCUUUUUUCUCAUACGCCUGAAAUUCCUUCACUUCUUUGGCCGGUUGAAUACCAAGAUACUCUUUCUCUCUCUCUCUCUCUCUCAAGUUCUCUCCCUUUUUUUUAAAUAUCCCAUGAUUUCUCCAUCCAUGAAUUGCAUUCCUUCUAAAUCUUGA